CCCAAGAAAGGAGCAAUGGAUGAGCUUCAUAGCCUGGACCCAAGAAGACAAGAAUUGUUAGAGGCAAGAUUUACAGGAGUAGUAAGUGGCAGCACCGGGAGUACUGGAAGUUGCAGUGUUGGAGCUAAAGCCUCAACGAAUAACGAAAGUUCAAAUCACAGUUUUGGAAGCUUGGGAUCUUUAAGUGAUAAAGAAUCAGAGACUCCAGAGAAAAAACAGUCAGAACCUUCCAGAGGAAGAAAAAGAAAAGCAGACACUCAGAGUGAGAGCAGCCAAGGAAAGAAUAUUGGGGGACGUGGUCACAAGAUAAGUGACUAUUUUGAGUACCAAGGUGGAAACGGCUCUAGUCCAGUGCGAGGCGUGCCUCCUGCGAUCCGAUCUCCUCAGAAUUCACAUUCCGCUCCUUCUUCUGUCCGACAGAAUAGUCCUUCUCCUACUUCAUUAGCUUUUGGGGACCACCCUAUCACGCAACCAAAGCAGUUAUCUUUUAAAAUUAUUCAGACUGAUCUCACAAUGCUGAAAUUAGCUGCGCUAGAAAGUAAUAAAAAUCAAGACUUGGAAAAGAAAGAAGGUCGUAUAGAUGACUUACUCAGGGCUAACUGUGAUCUUAGAAGACAAAUAGAUGAACAACAAAAGCUACUUGAAAAAUACAAAGAAAGGUUAAACAAAUGUAUUUCAAUGAGUAAGAAGCUUCUAAUUGAAAAGAGCACACAAGAAAAGCUGGCAAGUAGAGAGAAGAGCAUGCAAGACAGAUUACGCCUGGGGCAUUUUACAACAGUUCGUCAUGGUGCUUCAUUUACGGAACAGUGGACAGAUGGCUUUGCAUUUCAAAAUCUUGUGAAGCAGCAAGAAUGGGUGAAUCAACAAAGGGAAGACAUUGAAAGGCAAAGAAAGCUCCUGGCCAAGCGAAAGCCUCCAACUACAAAUAAUUCUCAGGCACCAUCUGCCAAUUCUGAACCCAAGCAGAGGAAAAAUAAAGCUGUGAAUGGGGCAGAAAACGAUCCCUUUGUUAGACCAAAUUUACCGCAGCUUUUGACUCUAGCAGAGUAUCAUGAACAGGAAGAAAUUUUCAAACUUCGAUUAGGACAUCUCAAAAAGGAGGAAGCUGAAAUACAAGCAGAACUCGAACGUUUGGAAAGAGUUAGGAAUCUUCACAUAAGAGAACUGAAAAGAAUAAAUAAUGAAGAUAAUUCACAAUUUAAAGAUCACCCCACGUUGAAUGAACGGUAUUUGUUACUCCAUUUACUUGGCCGAGGUGGCUUCAGUGAAGUAUAUAAGGCUUUUGAUCUUUAUGAACAAAGAUAUGCCGCUGUGAAGAUUCAUCAGCUUAACAAAAGCUGGAGGGAUGAAAAGAAAGAAAACUACCACAAACAUGCCUGCAGAGAGUAUAGAAUACAUAAAGAACUGGAUCACCCCCGGAUAGUUAAACUGUAUGACUACUUCUCCCUGGAUACAGAUACGUUUUGCACAGUGUUAGAAUACUGUGAAGGCAAUGACUUGGAUUUCUAUCUCAAGCAACAUAAAUUGAUGUCAGAGAAGGAAGCUAGGUCCAUUGUAAUGCAAAUUGUAAAUGCACUACGGUAUCUCAAUGAGAUCAAGCCCCCUAUUAUACACUAUGAUCUUAAACCAGGUAAUAUCCUUCUUGUAGAUGGAACAGCAUGUGGAGAAAUAAAAAUCACUGAUUUUGGCCUGUCCAAAAUAAUGGAUGAUGAUAGCUAUGGUGUGGAUGGAAUGGAUUUAACUUCACAGGGAGCAGGAACUUACUGGUAUUUGCCUCCAGAGUGUUUUGUAGUUGGCAAAGAGCCACCAAAGAUUUCUAAUAAGGUUGACGUAUGGUCAGUGGGAGUAAUCUUUUUCCAAUGCCUUUAUGGUAGAAAGCCAUUUGGCCACAAUCAAUCACAGCAAGAUAUCUUACAAGAAAAUACAAUAUUAAAAGCCACAGAAGUUCAAUUCCCUGUCAAACCUGUUGUAAGCAAUGAAGCCAAGGCCUUCAUCAGACGCUGUUUAGCAUACCGGAAAGAGGAUAGAUUUGAUGUCCACCAGCUGGCUAAUGAUCCUUAUCUUCUCCCUCACAUGAGGAGAUCAAAUUCUUCAGGAAACUUGCAUAUGACUGGGCUAGCAGCGUCCCCUACGCCACCGACUUCAAGCAUUAUUUCGUACUGAAAUUCCAACCGAGGAAUGGCAUGAUACCUUUGUGUAGUUUCCAGAUGCAGACUUGAGCUUGAAAGCAUUUGAGUGUUCUUACACGGGACAAGUCUGAUAACUGUGUUUUCAGACUGAAGUCCUCCUACAUAGUGUCAUUUGUAUGAUUGGGAUGGAUCAUGGACUGUGAAUAAAUGUACCCUUCUGAGAAAUAUCUUUAAACAGUGAAGGAUGACACUACCUGUUACACACUAACAGGUGUACUGUGUUUAAGACUGAAGAAAAGGUUUUUAGUUUUUUCUGGGGAACAUUGUAAAUAAUCUUUUUAAUACUUAAAGUACAUUUGGUUGAUACUGGAAAGUUCUAACAUGAAGGGUAGUUUUUCAUUAUUUAAAUAAAAAAGGGUAGUGAGCAAAUUUGUAAACACAGGAAAAAUUCCGUGCCUGGUUAUAAACUAAAUAAACUGCCAUCUUUCCAAGACAUUGUUCUUUUGAAACCAAAGUAAGGGAGUGUGAGAAUGGUCAAAGGUAUGUUCUGUAUCAGAUUCCUCAGACAAAAUUGUGGUCUUUUAUUUGGCAACUCAGGCUUGUACCUCCAAAAAUGUGGUGGUGUUUCACCGAAUUU